AUGAAGCUACGUAAACUUGUACCAACCUUUCUGAAGACUACAAUUUAUAUCCCAGCCAAAAAGAAAUACGAAUGGGCCAGUUCCGCCUUUGGGAAGAGGAGGAGGAGGAAGAAGGAGACCUAUUUUAGUUUCAUGGGGAAAAUCCUAAAGCAAACCCACCCAGACUUCAGCAGGUGUUCCUGGGUCUUGGAUGCACUGGGCUUUCUGAAGGAUUAGCAACUGGAACGGGUUAGCCUGGAGGCAGUGAGACUGUCCUUCUAUAACCACAGAAAAGCCAUUACCAACAGGGAGAUCCUUGAAGCAGUCAAGCAGAGAUCCCCUCGGAAGAGCUUUUGA